GAGAGAGAGAGAGAAGGAAGUGGGACCCUCCCAAAAGAGACCUAUAAACACCGAAAACACUCUAAAUGUGGCAAAAGGAGUCAUGCAUAACUCUAUAUAGUAUACAGAGCCAUGCAAGGUUGCCGUUUCCAGCCCCUUCUGCCAUUUGGGGUAAAACGCUCUCUCACCCUCCUUUAUCUUCUCCUCUCUAAAUUUGGUAAUCUCUUACCCUCUUUCCCAAGUUUAUCACACCCCCCAAAAUGGCUAAAUAUUGAACCCGCAAAGGGGAAAAGGGAAAUUCCCCCAAAAACCACAAAACAGAGGCCAUUUCACAACAAGGGUUUUCUUCUUCUUCUUCUUCUUCUUCUUUGGGGGUUUCGAUUCCGAUUCCGAUUCAAACCUGGAAAUUUGGGGAUUUCGAUCAUCUGGGUGUUGGGGAUUUAGGGCAUUUCGAAAUGGGUCGGGGGAAGAUUGAAAUCAAGCGGAUUGAGAAUGCCAAUAGCAGGCAAGUCACGUUCUCCAAGAGGCGAGCUGGGCUUCUCAAGAAGGCUCAGGAACUUGCCAUUCUCUGCGAUGCUGAAGUUGCUGUUAUCAUUUUCUCCAAUACUGGCAAGCUUUUCGAGUUUUCCAGUUCUGGCAUGAAGCAUACUCUUUCAAGAUACAACCGAUGUGUAGAUUCUUCAGAGGCUGCGGUAGACGGGCGCAAGGUUGAGAAGCAAGAGCACGAGGAGGUAGACAUUCUAAGAGACGAAAUAACAACUCUACAAAUGAAACAAUUACAGCUAUUGGGAAAGGAUCUGACUGGCUUAGGCUUCAAAGAAUUGCAGAACUUGGAGCAACAACUAAAUGAAGGGCUAUUAAUGGUGAAGGAGAAGAAGGAACAGUUACUGAUGGAACAACUAGAGCAAUCAAGGGUACAGGAACAGCGAGCGAUGCUGGAGAAUGAAACUUUGCGGAGACAGGUCAACGAGCUUCGAUGUCUGUUUCCGCCAGUUGACUGUCCGCUACCUGCUUAUCUUGAAUACUGCUCCCUAGAACAGAAGAACAUUGGCCUUAGAAGCCCUGAUGCGGCCUGCAACUCAGAAAUAGAAAGAGGAGAUUCAGACACCACCUUGCACUUGGGGCUGCCAUCCCAUGUGUAUUGCAAGAGAAAGGAGGCUGAGAGAGAUACUCAUUCCAAUAAUUCAGGGAGCCAAAUGGGUCUACUCUGACCGGAUUGCUCUUAUUCAUUCUGAUUGAUUAGAUGGCUGCACAGACGCUGACGAAACGAACCCGGUUUAUCAGUUUCAUCUCCACCUUUAGAAAACUGCAAAUAUUUCUUUUGUGACUCUGAAACCAUUGAAACAGAGAGAGUUAGAGAUCCCAAAAUUAGGAGAUUAUUAGAAAAUGGAAAUGACAUUGUUGUAGUUAGUUUUAUUAGAUCUGGGAGGAGUACAUUUUUUUAGAACUUUGUAAACUCUAGUCCUCAUGUAGCUGCCUAUAGAAGGAAUAUUUAGCUAUUCUUUCUGGGUUAUUUGUUAGCUGCUCUGUAAUUUUUUCUGCUUCACUUCUUCAGUGGCUGAAUCAAAUUUGGAAUGUCAAUCUAAA